AUGUGGUGGACAGCAGCGCGCAGGCGCCUCUAUUACCCGAACCAAAUCUUCCUCAGCAAAGACAACCGCCGCAUUAACAAUUCGUGGCUGCCGCGGCGGCUCCUCCUCGUGCGCCACGGCGAAUCGGAGGCGAAUGUCAACCGGGAGGUGUACAGCAACACGCCAGACUGGAAGAUCCCGCUGACGGCGCUCGGCCGGGAGCAGGCGUACGACUGCGGCAAGCGACUCCGAAACAUCAUCCAGGGGGAGAAGCUGUACAUCUACUACUCUCCGUACGCUCGCACUAGGCAAACCGUGAGCGAGAUCCGCCGAAGCUUCGACGAGUCGCAGAUCCAGGGCGAACGCGAGGAUGAGCGGCUGCGCGAGCAAGAGAUGGGCAACUACCAGCCCUUGCAGGAUAUGGAUGCGACAUGGGCUGCACGCAACGCCUUUGGGCGAUUGUACUAUCGUUUUCCGUUUGGGGAGAGCGGUGCUGAUGUCGGUGAUCGCGUCUCUGGCUUCUUCGACUCCCUCCUGCGCGAGAGCAUCGGCUUGACGGUGCCGAACAUGAACGAAUGCGUCGUGCAAGGCGCACGAGAGGGGCUUGGCGCCCUAGACCUCGGCCCGUGGAGUACUGGCGUCGAUAACGUCCCAGGCAGCUCUUGCGCUUGCUCCGUGUCGACGUCACAGGGAGGCCCUGUGGCAUCGUCGACGGGGAGCGAGUCUGCGCCGCCGUCAUGGACGCCGUCGUUCCACCAGGCCACGACGUCUUCCGCCGGUCUGCGGAGGACGAUCCGGCGUACAUCUCCGCACCGCCCUCUGCCCUUAUCGGAUUUUGGUGAGGCCGAAACCCGCGGCGUCCCACCGCUGAACGACCAUUGCGCCAGCGCCGGCGAAGAGCAGAAUGUUCUGAUCAUCGCUCACGGGCUUCUCAUCCGUCUUUUCAUUGGUCGCUGGUUCCGCGUACCGAUGGAGGUUUUCGAGACGAUGUGCAACCCGCCCAACUGCGCCAUCAUUGUGCUGGAGCGCGACGACCGACUCGGCCGCCUCGUCAUGACAGACAUGAGCAAGAGUCUGUUUGGUAGUGACCCAUUGCUGCAGAUGAUGCGCUUCGACGGCCGCGAGGACACUCACUGGUACCGUGAAAAGUUCCUCGGCAUUGUGGACCCCACAAAGGCCGCGGAGGAGGCGGUGGUCGAGGACGAUGACGAGAACCAUUACUCCAUGUCAAACGCGCACAACAGCGGCGUCGGUGCCCCGGCCCCACCACCACGACAACGCAAGCCCUCCACGUCGACGGCAACACGGGCUUCUCCAUCGACAAGCGCAUCUGCAUCAGGUACUAGUGCUAGCAGCGCCGAGAGCGCAGACGUUUCAGCCUCUACAGCAGAACACGCCGCGCUAGCUGCUCGAGAUCGCGCUACCCAGCCCAAGUGUCCACCUCCUUGCAUGGACUGCACACCAAAUCGAGACUACAUGACGUUCUCGAGACGCCGAUGA